GAAACUCUCUUUUUGACUCAAAAGUCAGUCAGUUCGUAAAUGCCCACGCCAUAAAAACCACCCAAUGGUACCAAACGUGCGUGUUCACGAACAAACUUGAGUCCUGAGCUUCUUCUUUCUUCCAAUGGCGCCAUGUUCAUCAUGGUCCAAUCUACCAAGAGAACUCAUCGACCGAAUAUUCAGAAGGCCAAUGGACUCCAAGGAUCUUGCAAGAUGCACUCUUGUCUGUACUAAUUGGCGAAACAUUAUUGUUGAUAUUUGGGGGAAGAAACUAUCUUUGUUGAGACCUGCAUUUAAAAAUCCUAGUAGGAGAAUUCUGAGGGAGUAUGAGAAGUUCCAGAUGGACCCUCCAAAAGGUUGCAAAGCUAGGCUUGUUGAGAGCCUCUUCCAUUGGGGGGCAAUCAUGAUUGGACCCCAAAAUAGCCUUUAUGCUGGUGGAGUUUUCCUCUUAAACAUUCAUUUCUCUAAGAAAUACCCGUUUGAGCCUCCUGAAAUCACAUUCCAAACCAAGGUGUAUCACCCAAACAUUGGCCAAGAUGGCUGCUUAUGUCUUGAGAGAUCAUGGUGUGCAGCAAUGUCCAUUUCAAACAUUAUCCGAGUAAUCUACGCUCUCUUCUCCAACCCUGAUCAUGAGGACCCCCUUGAUUUUGAGAUUGCUCACAUCUAUAGGACUCAGAGAAUCCGAUAUGAACAAAAGGCAAGAACCUGGACCAAGAAAUACGCUACUGCAAGACAGAAUAGUGCAAUAGACUGGUCACAGUUUCUCAUGGACCAUAAGAUUUUGGAACCACAAGAAUAGAUGGAAAAGAAGAAUGAAUCAAAUUGGUGCCUCUAUGGUAUGCUGUUUUGGUUUUUGAUUGCAGGACAUUAAAAAGCUAAACAAAGUCAAGUAGCAGUAGUUCAUGUAUAUAUAGAGAAGCCAACAGAUGUGUAGGCAAACUAGCAGGACUGUGGGGAACUCAUUUGAAUCGCGGUUGUUUAUUUGACAAUGUCCUAGCUUUUGAUCUUGUAUUUUGAUUUCCUUUGGUACUCCUUGUUUUGUUAUGAUUCCAAUUUUAAUAUAAA